UAAUAAGAAUUCAUUGUGAUUGUAUUAUCUAAAAUGCAUAAUUUAGUAAUUGAUAUAAUUUAAAAACCUUUAAUUUGGUAUUUUGGCUUCCGACAGUAAUACGUCAUGAGGUCAUUAGUUCAUACGUUUAAGGCAGAUUGCAGUUAUGGAUGUUGGAAGCAACACAGUUUUUUGACCGAGCUGAUCGAGUCUAUUGUAACUUUGUAAUUUUUGUUUGCAUUUGUUCAGUAAACCUUUUUUAAAAGAAGAUUCGGUCUUACUCGCGUUUUUGCAAAUACUGGUUGUUGGAAUUGAAGCUGCAAAAGGUGGUACAUAAGGAUUUGCACGAAAGGUGUGCCACUAUAUUAGUCAAAAAACUCGCUAAGAAGAUGUCAAUGGAAUCUCCUUGGAUUGCCUUAUUGCACGGCUCGACGAACUGAUCAACGAACUGAUAAUUCAUUACAGCUUGGAAAAGGUAUUGGAACGUACUUUUUAUUUUUUUGAGUAUUGUGAGGAGGAGACGCAUAUGGAUGAAUGAGGAAUUCCCACGUGCGGAGAAAAACGAAAGUGAAAGAAUUAACCGCAUGGUCAGUGAGAGCGCUGAAUCACUCCCUCUGUCAGAGAGCGCACGUGAGUGACAAAGUGGAUUCAGUCAGUGUGGAAUUGUGUGAUUAUAGAAAGGUUGUUGGCAUUCAGUUCUUUAUGAAAAGCAAUUUGAAGAAAGUGCUUUAAACUUUGUGCACGCGACAUAAGCAUAAGCUCCGCAACAAAUACGAUGGCUGAUGAAGAAGUUAAUAUAUGCGAAGGCGAAGAUGGGGUGGAGUCAGGAAGAUCACGUAAGCUGACAGAGAAGGGAUUAGAGGAGAGAUUGCGACGGCUCAUAGCAAAAAGGAAACAAACUUUGCGAGCUCUAACAGACAAAAUGAAGGAGAUAGAGACAAUGAAGAGAGAUACUCAAAAUGUACAAGAAGUGAAGGAUAUGUUGGAAAGUGAUUUUGAGCAGUAUCUAAAUGAGUUCAUUACACUUAAUAAAGAAGUUGGCAGUUUGUGGACUGAAGAAGAAAAAAUGUUUGACCAUGUUGAUUGGUUUGAACCAAAAAUGGUGAUGUUUAAAGACUUCAUAAAAACAACUAAAACAUGGGUUGCAGAUAUGCAAGAAUCUAUGGAGAAAGAAACUGAGCAGUCAGAAAAUCAUGAUGGAAUAAAUGAGCAUCAAGAGGCUGUUUUACCAAGUGACAGUAUCUCUCAGAUAGGGGUCAGCAGUGGUGCCAAAGCUCACUCAUGUGGAUCUCAUGUAAGUCGUACAUCAAGCACUUCAUAUUUAUCAUCUACACGUGCUAAACAGGAAGCAGAACAUGCUGCUCUGCUGGAACGUGCAUCAGCGAUGAAGAAAAAGCGAGAGCUUGAAUUUGAGGUGGCAAGGAUUAAGCAGCAGUUUGAGAUGGAAACAGCUAGAAUUAAGGCUGAAAAAGAAGAAUUAGAAAUGGAGACUGCGCUAGCUGAAAGCCAAGCAAAAUUAAAAGUGCUCAAAGAGUAUGAGAGGUCUGAAGAUGGUAUGAAUAGUUAUGCAUCAGUGCGUAAAAUAUCAAGUGAGAAUGUGAAGAAGGAAAGAGUAAGCAUUACGCUACCGACACAAGCUAAUGUAAAUGUUCAUGUACCAGCACGAAUGCAGCCCUCACAAAUACCACAGCAGCCACAACCAGUCUCUCAUCAAAGUCUUAUAACUCAGAAUAAUAGAAGUGAUGACAUUUUGACAAUCAUGCAAAGGCAGAAUGUAAUUACUGAGCUACUAGUAAAGCAACAACAGCUUUCUCAGUUGCCAACAAAAGACAUAUCAGUGUUCAAAGGUGAUGCACUCCAGUACAAAUCCUUCAUGAGGGCAUUUGAACAUGUAAUUGAGCAGAAGACAGAAAAUGAUCAAGAUAAAUUAUACUUCUUGGAGCAGUUUACAGACGGUGAGCCUCAAGAACUCGUUCGGAGUUGUGCUCACAUGCCACCUAGCAAAGGUUAUCACGAGGCUAAGAAGUUACUUCAUAAGCAUUAUGGAGAUGAACUUGUGACUGCCAAUGCAUACAUAGAGAAGGCACUCAAAUGGCCACAAGUGAGAACAGAUGAUGGGAAAGCAUUAAAUGCUUACGCAAUGUUUUUGAUUGGAUGUCGUAACUCUAUGGAGGAUAUUGAAUUUUUGGAAGAAAUGGAUAAUCCUACCAACAUGAGGACAGUGAUAUCCAAACUGCCUUACAAACUUAAAGAAAGAUGGCGUGUUGAAGCUUUCGAACUUAAAGAACGAAGAGGUAGAAGAGCAAGGUUUGCAGAUUUGGUGAGUUUCAUAGACCGCCAGGCCAAGAUAGCUAUAGAUCCUCUGUUUGGUAACAUCUCAGACAGCCGCCCAAACACAGCUGGAAAGCUGGAUCUAAGGGAAAAGCAGCCUGCAAGGAAAGAGGUUCGAGGAAGCAGUUUUGCGAUUAGUGUUGCUACUGAAAGUAAAGCACCUCAAGAAAUACCUAUCAAGCCUCCUAACAUAAUUAAACCAGCAAAUGCCUUUGCUAAACCAUGUUUGUACUGCCAGCAGUCUCACACUCUUGCUUCAUGCAGUAAAAUUAAAUGUCAGCCACAUGAAAAACGAGUGGAAUUUCUGAGAGCAAAGGGCUUAUGCUUUGGAUGUUUGGUUCCAGGACACCUCAGUAAAUUCUGCAAACGAAAGUUAGAGUGCAAAGAAUGUGCAUUAAAGCACCCUGACAUUUUGCACAAAGUGAAGGAAGAAAGUUCUGUCCCAUCAGAAAAUAAAGAUGGUGCUCAGCGUAAAGAAGUGUCAAGUAUGGAAGUUCCCAUCACACAAGAGUCAUGUGGUCUUACCGGAGCCGGAGAAACUGAAUGUGUGCUAUCAAUAGUACCCGUGAAAGUCAAAUCAAAGAAUAGUAAUAAGCAUAUAGAAACAUAUGCUUUUCUGGACCCGGGAAGCACAGCAUCAUUCUGCACGGAAGACCUACAAAGAAAAUUGAAUGUUAAAGGGAAACCCACAAGAAUACUUCUUAGCACUAUGGGCAAAGAUACAUCAGGAGAACAAACGCUAAUGAACAGUUUUGUGAUAUCAGACUUAGAAGUGUGCGGGCUCGAAGACACGAUGUUCAUUGAGCUACCCAAAGUGUUCACUCAUAGCAGCAUACCUGUGCAUGCUGAGAAUAUACCCAAACAGUCAGAUAUUCAAGAGUGGUCUUACCUUCAGGAAGUCAGCUUACCAGAAAUAGAAGCUGAUGUAGGUCUGCUUAUCGGAGUUAACUGUUCAAGAGCCAUGGAGCCCUGGCGCAUCAUUAAUAGUCAAGAUGGAGGUCCUUAUGCAGUGAAGACGGCUAUAGGUUGGGUGGUGAAUGGUCCUGUAAGGAAGGAACUGAAGGAUUCAGAAAAUGAACCAUCUCAUUUCUCUGUUAACAGAAUAUCUCUGAUGGACAUUGAAAAGUUACUGGUUCAGCAGUACAAUACUGAUUUUCCAGAGCGCAAAUAUGACGACAAGGAGGAGAUGUCUGUAGAAGACAAGCAAUUUUUGAGGUCUGUAGAGAAGACAGCAAUCUUUGAGAAUGGGCAUUAUAGCAUUGGAUUGCCACUCAGGAAUAAGAACCUGCAAAUGCCUAAUAACCGCUGUGUGGCAGAACAGCGUUUAACUUGUUUGCUCAGAAAGUUGAAAAAAAAUGCUGAAUUCUUUAAUGACUACACAAGUUUUAUGGAAACCAUCAUCAAUAAGGGCUACGCUGUCCAGGUUCCCACAGACCAACUGAACAGAGAUGACAACAGGGUGUUUUAUAUACCUCACCAUGGUGUCUACCACCCAAAGAAAAGAAAGUUAAGGGUGGUAUUUGACUGCACCUCCUCGUAUCAGGGUAAAUGCCUGAAUAGUGAGCUGCUUCAGGGGCCUGAUCUGACCAACUCAUUGAUUGGUGUCCUUCUUAGAUUUCGAGAGGAGCCUGUAGCAGUAAUGGCAGACAUCGAGUCAAUGUUUUAUCAAGUGAAAGUGCCAGAACAUGAUGCAGACUUGCUCCGUUUUCUAUGGUGGCCCAACGGUAGAUUGGAUGAGCCAGUGGAGGAGUUCAGAAUGACAGUGCACCUCUUCGGAGCUACUUCUUCUCCAAGUGUAGCCUCAUAUGCACUGAGAAGAACUGCAGAGGAUCACAAGGAUGCUGCAUCACCAGAUGCUGUUCAGACAGUACUGCGAAAUUUUUAUGUAGAUGAUUGCCUGAGAAGUGUAACUACAGAAAACGUUGCAGUAAACUUAGUCAGUGAUCUACGAGCUUUGUGCAGCAGUGGAGGGUUCACCCUAACAAAGUGGAUGAGCAAUAGCAGAAAUGUGUUACUGUCAAUUCCUGAGGAGCACAGAGCCAGUGAAGUCAAAGAUCUGGAUUUACGACGCAAUGCUUUGCCAGUUGAGAGGACACUUGGUGUGCAGUGGGACACAGAAAAUGAUACUUUCACCUUCAGUAUAAAGCUGCAAGAUAGACCAAUGACUAGAAGGGGGAUUUUAUCGAUCGUCAAUUCCAUUUACGACCCUCUCGGCUUUUUAGCCCCAGUCAUUCUGCAUGCCAAACUUCUAUUAAAGGAUCUUUGCAAAGAGCAGCGUGGGUGGGAUGAAAACAUUGAUGGAAAGCACGCAGAGGAUUGGGAAAGAUGGAUGAAAGAUGUUACUCACCUUUCCAACUUUCACGUGAGAAGAUGCAUUAAACCCACCAAGUUUGGAUGCACUAUUACAGCGCAAUUACAUCAUUUUUCAGACGCAUCAGAAUAUGCAUACGGCAUUGUGUCUUACCUACUGUUGGAGAAUGAACGGGGUGAGAAACACUGCACUUUCCUUUUGGGGAAGUCAAGAGUGGCUCCACUCAAAAGAGUCACAAUCCCAAGACUUGAGUUGACAGCAGCGGUUGUCGCUUUGAAAGUUGACAAGAUGUUGCAUCAAGAGAUUCAGGUUCCAUUGCAACAAUCUGUCUUUUGGACAGACAGCACUACGGUGCUCAGAUACAUCGACAGUGAAACUGCUCAUUUCAAAACGUUUGUUGCAAACAGAGUUUCCUUGAUCCGAGAAGCAACCAAGUCAUCGCAAUGGAAAUAUGUCGGAACAAAUGAAAACCCUGCAGAUCAAGCCAGCAGAGGCCUGAAAGCGAAAAGCUUAGCGCAAGGGGGAACAUGGAUAAGUGGACCAGACUUUCUGUUGCAUGAAGAGGAUUGGCCGGAACAACCUGUGAGAAGGAAUGAAAGCCUUGCCAAUGACCCAGAGGUCAAAAAUACAAUUGUUGUUAACACAGUUAAAGUAGAAGAGAAUGUAGAACCAAUGAAACAGCUGAUCAACUAUUAUUCGGAUUGGAGUAAGCUUAAACGAGCAGUGGCUUGGAUAGGAAAAGUAAAGAGUUAUCUGUGGAAACAAAAAACAGAAAGAAAAGAGGCUUUAAAAAACAAGCAAGCUGUAAAAGACCCUGAAAAGCAAAGAUCAAAAUUAAAGCAACUUAUGAAGAAACUAAAACCUGCUGAAGUAAAAGAAUCACUUACCUUGGAUGAUCUGGACACUGCUGAAUUAGAAAUCAUACAGUUCAGUCAAAGACAGCAUUUUGGAGAGGAAAUCAAGGUACUACAGGAGGGAAAGCAACUCACUCGCAGUAGUGCACUGUCUAAAUUAGAUCCAGUGAUUUACGACGGCACGUUAAGGGUUGGUGGAAGACUGAACAAAUCAGCUAUGCCGGAAAAGGCUAAACAUCCUGCGAUUCUUUCUAAACACAGCAAAGUUGCAACUUUGAUCUUGAGGGACAUACAUCAAAGAACAGGACAUUGUGGACGUAACUAUGUGUUGGCACAACUAAGAUGCAGAUAUUGGAUUCCACAAGCCAAUUCUGCUAUCAGAAAGAUAAUCAACACAUGCACAGUAUGCCGUAGGAUGUCUGGAAAGGUUGGUGAGCAAAAGAUGGCAAACCUACCUGAAGAUCGGCUCCUCCCACACCAACCUCCUUUUACCAACACCGGUGUUGAUUUCUUCGGUCCGUUUGAGGUUAAACGGGGCCGGGUUACCCUUAAAAGAUAUGGGGUAAUGUUCACUUGUCUAACGCUCAGAGCUGUGCACAUUGAAGUAGCUGACAGCCUCGACACGGACUCCUGCAUCAACGCAAUUCGCCGUUUUAUAUGUAGGAGAGGUCAAGUCACCAUCAUGAGAUCUGACAAUGGUACAAACUUUGUGGCAGCUGAAAGAGAAUUAAGGGAAGCUAUUCAACAGCUGGACAAUUAUAAGAUCGAAAGAGCUUUGCAGCCCAAAGGAAUAAAAUGGAUAUUCAAUAGCCCAGCUGCUUCUCACCAAGGCGGUAUUUGGGAAAGACAAAUCCGGACGGCUCGAAGAAUUCUUAAUUCCCUGUUGAAGGAGCAAACAGUUAAUGAUGACUGUCUUCAGACGAUAAUGUGUGAAGUUGAAAGUAUCAUCAAUGGCAGGCCUCUCACAAGUGUCUCAGAUGAUGCAAACGACGUUGAGCCUUUAACUCCCAAUCACUUACUGCUUCUGAAAUCUCAACCAAUCAUGGCCCCAGGCAUCUUCUGCAAAGAUGACAUAUAUGCAAGAAGAAGAUGGAAGCAAGUUCAGUAUCUUGCCGAUUUAUUCUGGACUAGAUGGACGCGAGAAUAUCUUCCACUUCUUCAGGAGCGUCAGAAAUGGAUGAAAUCCAGCAGAAACUUCAUGAUUGGAGAUGUGGUGCUAUUGGUGGACAGUUCAUCUCCCCGCAACUCUUGGGUAAUGGGGAAAAUAGUUGAAACACUGCCAGAUUCCACUGGAAUGGUGCGGAGAGUGAAAUUGAAGACCAGAACCAGCACUUUGGAAAGACCCGUAAAUAAACUGUGCCUGUUGAAAGAGGCAACGUUGGACAAGUAACAAAGAAAGACAAGUUGAUCUUUACACACAUUUGAAGUUUAAGUUGUUUGGCUCUUAAUGUUUUUAGUUGUAAUUGAUUAGUCCUCCUGCCUAACAAUUAGGGGCCGGGUAAUGUAAGAGCCAGUUAUGCAUAAUUCAUUUGUGAUAAUAAUUUAGUGAAGGUUAAAACAUGAUAAAAAUUGAUAUUUAAAUUUAAUAAGAAUUCAUUGUGAUUGUAUUAUCUAAAAUGCAUAAUUUAGUAAUUGAUAUAAUUUAAAAACCUUUAAUUUGGUAUUUUGGCUUCCGACAGUAAUACGUCAUGAGGUCAUUAGUUCAUACGUUUAAGGCAGAUUGCAGUUAUGGAUGUUGGAAGCAACACAGUUUUUUGACCGAGCUGAUCGAGUCUAUUGUAACUUUGUAAUUUUUGUUUGCAUUUGUUCAGUAAACCUUUUUUAAAAGAA